CGCGAUUGGUUGUGCUGGUUCCUAAACACAGAAGACAUCUCCAGUCAGUUUCCGUCAACCAGCAGCUCGUUAUAGACGCAAAGGCCUAAUAAAAUCCCGUUUUGAGAAUAUAGUGCACCUGCAAAUAAUGGGAAGGGGUGUUGUGUACUCCUAUACCGCUGUCAGCUGUGCGUUUGUCGCACAGGCCCGUUAGGCUCGAGUUUGUUAGCGUUAGCCGCCUGCAGCUGUCUUGCGCACUCGCGGAGGCAAAAUGGUGUUGUUGUUGAAUCCACUGGAGAAUCUGAAGACCUACAUAAGUAACCGUCCACCGCUGGUCAUUUUUAUGGUCAGCGUCAGUGCUGUGGCUAUUGCUUUCCUCACUAUAGGAUACUUCUUUAAGAUCAAGGAGAUCAAAUCACCUGAAAUGACCGAGGAUUGGAACACCUUCCUUCUCCGAUUCAACGAGAUUGACUUUUGCAUCUCAGAAAACGAGACCCUCAAGCACAGCUUGAAUGAGUCCAUUACACCAGAGAGCACAGUGACCAGUAGCCAGACGCGAUCCAGCACCCAGUCACCACCCCUGCUGGAGGACCCCGGUCUGAUCAACAUCUCUGUGGCCAUCACAUUGACCCUAGAUCCUCUGAGGCCAUUUGGGGGCUACUCGCGCAAUAUUACCCACCUUUAUGCCAGUGUGCUUGGGCAGCAAGUUGGCCUUGCUGGCAGAGAGGCCCAUGAAGAGAUGAACAUCACUUUCACUCUGCCGGUAGCCUGGAACUCAGAUGAGUGCGUUCUGCAUGGUCGUUGUGAGCAGAUGGUCUUCAGCACCUGUAUGACCAUCACAGCAGCCAGUAAUGUCUUCCCAGUCACAGUGCAGCCACCUCACUGUGUCCCAGAGACCUACAGCAAUGCCACAUCCUGGUACAAGAUUUUCACCACAGCACGAGACUCGGACACAAAGUACACACAGGAGUACAACCCAUUCUGGUGUUACAAAGGUGCCAUUGGGAAGGUGUAUCACACACUGAAUCCCAAGCUCACUGUCAUCGUUCCAGAUGACGAUCGCUCUCUCAUUAACCUGCACCUCAUGCACACCAGCUACUUCCUGUUUGUGAUGGUCAUCACAAUGUUCUGCUAUGCAGUCAUCAAGGGCAGGCCUGGCAAAGUUCGACAGAACAACCCAGAUUUCUGUCCAGAAAAGGUGGCCUUGUCGGCGGGAUAAACGGGGUCGAAGGUGAACAUCUGAACCGAAGCAUAUCGGAAAGGGAAGUGAGAAAACUACAUGUUGCCUACUGAACCCAGGAGAAGGGUGCAAAAAAAAAAAAAGCUCUGUGAAUGCAUUUUUCUGCAAUGUUGGGUCACUCCAACCAAAGACUUUUAAGUGCCUGUAUCUACUGUGUAAAUAAUUAUAGGACUCUUAAAUUCAGUACAGAAGCAGUCUGCCUGAGCUUCCCCUGCACCCUGUGCCAUCCUGUAAAUGUUCAGUAUAUCCUGUAUCAACAGAGGAAAGUGUUUGACUAGAGAUGGGGAAUAUCGCCUCCAUUAAAUUUAAUCCAUUCUCAUGCUCUCUUUGUGUUCUUGAUCAGAUCACAAAUGUGUAUCCUACUUCCUGUGAUAUCUGAUUUCUCUGGAGGUGACCUUUGCCUUGUCAUUCCUCUUGUGUCUUUGUCUUAACCGACCCUUUCAUAUGUGUCCAUUGCAGAUUCUGCAGUGGCAUUUCUUUUGAUUCCUCUUUGAGAUGCGUGGAUCUCUGCCAUGAACCAUGAUCAGGCUGCUGGUCAUGAUCUUUGAACGAGUUCUAGUGAUGACAGCAGGCAUUUGUUUGACAUGCUUCUUUUAUCAUCUGAACCCCAUGCUGGUUUUACUGUGUCUAAAAGAGAUGCCUGAGUGGAAGUUGACACAGUGCUUGGUUAAAUUCCUCUUAAAUGCAAUUGGAUGGGAAUAAAAACAUGACAAAACAUCAUCUUACUCAGAAUGUUAUCGUGUUAGUGAGUCGAGAUAAAAUGCCUAUUCAUGGAUUGAGGGAUUUGUGUGUUUAAAUCUGAAUUGACGCCUUGGGCUUUACGUCUCAUUUAGAUCUGUUUCUGGACACUUCAAAUGAAUGUAUUGUAAAAUCAGCAAAUUAACAGCAGUGAUGCAGCAGCAAUCUCUUGUACAUUUAACAUUGAAGAUUAAAAAAAUGUAAAUCGUUAUUGUAGAUAUUUUAUUUUUUGUAAUCACAUUACCUUGUUUUGUUUUCCAGUUUUGUUUUUACAACACGAUUUGUACUCUUACCCAUUUCUCAACCAUCCAUUGUUUCGUUUAAUGCCUAGUUUGAUACUUCAGCAAUGCCUCCGUUUUGUUUUAAUCUUAGUGCAAUAUCUGACCUGUCUUUUUGCCUUCCAGACUUACUGUUUUGUUGUUCUUAUUGUCAUUAGGGUUUUCAUUUCCACUCACAGAAACGCAUAUCAUGCAUGUGUGAUCAUAUCCAGUAGACGUGCAUGAGACAUAUUACGAAUGCUCUCCCCCUCCAUUUUGUGUAGUUCAUGCUCCUAUUUAGUUCAGCAUUGCAUCUUUGUACUUUCCCACCUCCAAAGUUUCACUGCUCUUUAUCGACAAACCUGUUUUCCCAUUAUGCCUUGCUUAAUUACAGCCUUCUUAAGCUGCAUCAGUCACGGUUCAUCAGCACUCUCUUUCUUUCUCCCAAUAUUACAGCCCAUAAUAAACACUAAUGUGCCUUUGCACUGUGUCAACCAUGUUCAUCACUGUCUUCUGUUUAAUACCGUUUUCCUUUUCCAGUUUAACCUGCUGUAAACAUUUUGAGUUGAAAUAAAUACGUCUGAUCUGCUCGCACUGACUUCCUCCCCAUUUCAUGUCCAACUCCAAGUCAAAACUGCAGUAAUGGCUGUGAAAGAGUGGGAUUCAGUUGUGCUUUUUCUGUUGAUGAAUAAGAACGGACAUCUGCCUUUUUUUUUAAUCACCAAGUCCAACCUACUAUAACUAGUUUGAUAGCAUUUUUAUCUAACCUCAAAAUCUAAGUGAUUGCAUUGAACAUCCUAUGGAAGCUUGUUUCCAUCAUGUAAUUAAAACAAAUGUUAUUGCGGCUUUUUGUCUCACAAUUGCGAGUUUGUCUUACAAUUUUGACCCCUUUUCCUUACAAUUAUAAUUUAUAUCUAACAAUUAUGACUUUCUCACAGUUGCGAGUUUGUAUCUCAUAAUUGACUUUUUUCCUCACAAUUGCGAUUUUAUUUCACAGUAUCUCACAGUUGUGAGUUUAUAUCUUGCAAUUGUGAGUUAUAAUUUUGUAAUUGCAAGUUUUCAUCUCGCAAAUCUGACUUUUUACCCACAAUUGUGAGUUUAUAUCAUGCAAUUACAAGUUAUUGCGAUUCAAUUGCGAGAUGCUGAAUUUUUUUCUUCCCUCACAGUUGCGAGUUUAUCUCACAAUUCUGACUUUUUUCCUCACAAUUGCGAUUUUUCACAAUAUUUUUUUUCUUUCAAUUGACUUUUUCUCAGUUGUUCAUUUAUAUUGCACAAUUGCAAUUAUAAACUCAUACUUACUAUUUUGCAUCUUACAUUUUUUUUUUUUUUUCUCACAAUUGUGAGUUUAUAUUGUGCAAUUGCAAGUUAUAAACUCAUAAUUGCGGUUCAAUAGUGAGACACUGACUUUUUUCUCACAAUUGCGAGUUUAUAUCUCUCAAUUCGCAUGUUUAUAUUUCGCAAUUACAAAUUGUAAAUUUGUAAUUGCAAGUUUGCUUCUCUCAAUUCUGACCAUUUUUUUCCCCCACAACUGCAAGUUUAUAUUUCGAAAUUUCAAGUUAUAAACUCAUAAUUGUGAGUUUGCAUUUUGGAAUUCUGAAUUCUGACAGUUACGAGUUUGUAUCUCGCAAUUCUGCCUUUUUGUCUCACAAUUGUGAGUUUAUAUCUCACAAUUACAAGUUAUAGGGUGCUUCUCAAUCGGAAGGCUGCAUCCUAGUAAGACUGCAUAUCUGGGCUGCCACAUCAUCAAGCCCCUUCGAAGGAUGUCUCAAUUUUCAAGGAUCGGUGGAAGGCAACCUUCAUUUCGCAAGUGUAUCCUUUGUGUCCUCCACUCACCCACAAAUUCCAAUUCACAAAAAAGAAUUAUCGGAAUAUGAAUCAGCACUGAGCUUGUCCAAUUUCACUACAUAAUGCAAGACACAAAAAUGAUUUUGGAGAUGACGUCAUGUUUUGUUUUUGUUAAAUUAAUCACGAAAACAUUUAUGACGUAGCAAUGCGCACUUACUAGACAGUCUCAUUCCAGGAUUUCAUGCUGAGGAGGACUCUAGCCUACAAACCUCUGAAGGACUUGACUAAGAAGGACGCAGCCUUCCGUUUGAGAAGCACCCAUAGACUAGUUUUAUUUCGCAAUUCUGACUUUUUUUCCCUCAGAAAUACGAGUAAUUCUGAAUAACGAAUAAGGAGUUUUUUAUUCUGUGGUGGAAAUGAGCUUCCAAAUAAACCUGCUUUGAAACCUCUUUGAAGCUUUUUUUCUUCUGCCCUGGAGACAUUUGCUCAUGUCUAGUUUCAUUUAAUUUUUUGCGAUUUGUGAGAUCAGUUCACACCGUUCUGAAUUUUGAAAGAGCCUUUCUGAAAGAGAGCAUUCUGCUUCAUAACUGCAGUUAAUGCAUCAUUCCUGAGAUCAUUAAAGUUGGCCUUUCAGUGCUGCUGGAGGACAAUGGAAAAUGACAACGAAUUCCACGGAUGCUGCCUGAUGCUCAGAUCAUAUUGAUCUUUCCCCUCGUCCUUCCUUUUGGGCUCAUAGCAUUUGAGAGAAGUGUAUUUGUAAGUGGUAGAAGGUCCUCUCCUCGUCUGAACUUGCGUCGCACACUCUCGGUAGUUCCCUCGUGUUGGCGAGAGGCGUCGUGAGCCCUUUGACUCGUCAUGAUGCAUGAUUGUAAAUGUUCUACCUGCUGACCUGUUUGUAUGAGGACAAUCCCUCUGUUUUUGUUCUGUUUGUAAGAUAUUGUAGGCACAUGCUUUGCUGAAUAAAAUCCGAGAUAACACUGA